GGUCGGAGAUUACGAGAGUCCGACGGGAGAUGGAAACCCCGGAGCGCACGUGACCGUUAUUAUUAUAUUAUCCGGAUUGGAACUUGCGGAACAACGAUGAUGAGCUACGUUAUUGCUCCACAUCACGCACGAUAAUGAAUCGACUGAGGCCAAGAGCUCGGAGGCCAAAGUUUUGGCUGAAACUGACGAUACAUGACUUGAGUAAUAUUCCACUUGCGAGCGGGACGGUGUAUGUGCGGUGGAAUAUCAAGUCGUCGGAUACGCGGGGCCGGACGCCGAGGUCGCCGAUCAAAGAGCACAAGGCGGCGUGGAACUACGCACACGAGGUCGAGAAGGUACGGAUGACGAUCGACCGAGAUGGUAUGUUGGAGGAGCGGUAUAUCAUGUUUGAGGUCGUGAAUGAGCAUGUAACGGAGAAGGUGGUGUUGGGGAACCUGCGGUUGAAUCUGGCGGAGUAUGCGAAGGAGGAGGCGACCGCAAGAAGGUAUUUGCUGCAGGACAGUAAGGUGAAUUCGACGCUGAAGAUAACAUUGGAGCUUCGGCAGCUCUCAGGUGAUGAGAACUUCGCAACUCCGCCCCUGUCGUCUGGCCAAGUUUUUGGAGGAAUCACCGGAGUGAUGAUCGAACAUAACAAUCAGUCGAUAAUAGCCGACACUCUCCAUGUACCCUCGAUGGCAUCUGCGCUGAAUACCCCGUUGGCAGAGUCGUCGCUCCCAAGUUUAUACCGGAAAACACUGAUGGCAUCAUGGCAACGCCAGGAAGGAGAACUCCCAGCCGAGGAGGCUAUCGAAGACAUUUUUGCUGGCGGCGACGGAUGGGCAAAGGAUAUGAACAGCGAGCUUGUUGCUAAGGGCAGUACUGUGGCCACUGAUGAUAUCAAUGGAACAGUUCCCGGUGCGGGAGUGGACCCCAAGAAACACAAUGGAGAAAUUAUGGGAUGGGCGGUGAGAGAUGAUCUGCGAAGUUGGGUGAUUCCGGAGGUUGGUUGGACGCAGUGAACGAGUAUACAUGCGGGAAUGUGGGACGAACGAUGGCAUUGUAUAACAGAUAUGUACUAUACGAUACGAUAUUCUAUAAGCUAAUAGAGGGAGAUGCUAGUUGGAGGUCAAGGUAGUAGUAGU